AAAUUGAACGGUCAAAGAUAUAAACCGCACAGUUUUGUAACUAUAAAUAGCCUGAUAUUUUUUUCGAAAAAGUACAGGGAUAUAUUAUUUUUGAAACAAACAACUCAUACCGACGUUAAUUUAACCAAUCACUACUUUUGUCCUCACCGCACAUGUCCUUGAAAUAUGAUAAUUUUACAGUUUAUACAUAUGCAUCGUCCUUAGACUUGCCGCGAUUGUACAUGUAAAACGACACGUUCGAAUUAUGAUGGCCCCAAUAUUUGACAAUCGAUACACGUUUCGAUUCUUUUAUAAGCCUUCGAUUUAUUCACUUGCUACUGUAACCGCCGAUGUAAAGAAACAAUUAUGAAAGAAGAAACGAAUAUUUACAUCCGUACAUUAUUGUAAAUAAUCAUUUCUCGAACCCGAAAACAUACUGACUAGUUGAAACUGGAGUAUCUUCGAAUUGAUUCAUACAUUUUAUGGGUUUAUCUAAUCGGCAUUUCUGUUAAACUAAUUCGUUGCCGUAAUUGUUAUCGAUUUUAUUUCUUCUAAUUAAUAACAGCGAUAACCGCAAUAACAUGGGCCACCGAGAUUAUGUUACAUAAUAUCUGACUAUGAGUUGGUACGAGAUGUUUAGGAUCAAUAGUACCAGUACCGAAUCCCCCUGAAUUUCCCCUGGAAAAUGAGCCUGUUCUUAGCUACAAGAAAGGUAGCCCAGAGAGGGCAGAACUGGAGAAAGUCUUGGAAAAAAUGUCCAAUGAGUGCGAGGAAGUGCCAUUGGUCAUUGGAAACGAGGAAAUUAAAUCUGACUUGUGUAGAUAUCAAGUUAUGCCACACAACCAUGAGGUAAAAAUUGCAAAGUAUUAUUGGGCCACACCUGAUUUAGUUAAGAAGGCAAUAGAUGUUGCUGUAAAGGCUCAACGUGAAUGGGAGAAAUGUCCAAUAGAACAGCGUUUAGAAAUUUGGUUGAGAGCAGCUGACCUAAUGUCAAAAAAGUAUAGGCAACAGUUGAAUGCUUCUACAAUGCUUGGUCAGAGUAAAACAGUUAUUCAAGCAGAGAUCGACAGUGCUGCAGAAUUAAUUGAUUUCUUUAAAAUGCACGGAUAUUUUGCUAAAGAGGCCUUAAGAUACAAACCAAUCUCACCUAAUACUAAGGAGACAUUAAAUUCAAUGAGGUAUAGGGGCAUGGAUGGUUUUGUUGCAGCUGUAUCACCAUUUAAUUUUACUGCCAUUGGUGGUAACCUUGGUUACACACCAGCUUUAAUGGGUAAUUCAGUUCUUUGGAAACCAUCCGACACAGCUUUACUUUCUAACUGGUGGAUAUUCAAGAUAUGCAAAGAAGCCGGUGUGCCACCAGGUGUAGUUAAUUUUGUGCCAUGCGAAGGUCCUGUUUUUGGUGAUACUAUUACUAGUUCACCUUACUUGGCUGGAAUUAACUUUACUGGAUCAGUUCCAACGUUUAAUCGUUUGUGGAUGCAAGUUGGUAAAAAUCUGGGAAAAUACAAGAAUUAUCCCAAACUAAUAGGCGAAUGUGGAGGAAAAAAUUAUCAUUUUGUACAUGCAAGUGCCGAUGUGGAAUCAGUUGUUAAUGGAACCAUCAGAAGUUCCUUUGAAUUUAAUGGUCAGAAAUGUUCAGCCUGCAGUAGGAUGUACGUUCCAGAAUCAUUGUGGCCUAAGGUAAAAGAAGGUCUUUUAUCGCUUCGUGACAAACUCAAGAUUGGUGAUGUUAGAGAUUUUACUGUGUUCACUGGAGCAGUCAUAGACGCUGUCGCAUUUAAAAGGAUUUCCGGUUACAUAGAACAUGCUAAGAAGUCACCAAAUCUAGAGAUUAUUGGCGGUGGAAAAUAUGAUGAUUCACGUGGAUACUUCAUCGAACCAACAAUAGUAGUAUCGAAGGAUCCAAAAGACAAAAUAAUGACGGAAGAAAUAUUUGGCCCGGUGGUAACCAUAUACGUUUACAAAGAUUCAAAACUCGACGAAACAAUGAAACUAGUAGAAACUUCGACACCGUACGCUUUGACGGGAUCAAUAUUUGCGCAAGAUGAAACUUGGGCAAGAAAAGCUCUCGAGGAGUUUAAAUACACAGCCGGUAACUUUUACGUGAAUGACAAGUCGACAGGCUCGAUCGUUGGUCAGCAACCGUUUGGUGGUAGCCGGAUGUCCGGUACAAACGAUAAAGCUGGCGGUCCUCAUUACGUCCUUCGCUGGGCAUCGCCGCAAUCGAUCAAAGAAACCUUUGUUCCUCUACGCGAAUACGAUUACGAGUAUAUGAGAUCUUAGGUGUAAGUAUCGUUAGCGGUUUGCAGAAACCGAAUGAUGCACUGUGCAGUAUCCUCAAGUGCAAACGGGAAAACGCUGAUGUUCAAUGAUUGGUCAAUGAAAAAUAUCGAAAAAUAUCUUUAUGCAUUUCUUUGCGUGGAUUCGUUGAAUUCACACGUAAGGCGCUAUUGAUGCAAGUGAUCCGCGCUUUGUAGGAAUUUAUACUGUAAAGCAUUACUGCUUGUACACGAGAUAACUUUAUGAUAAGCAACCUUGCAAGGGAAGCAUUCAAUGAUUGGUAUCGCUUGUACCAAUCGAAAGGCAUUUGUGUUUCGUGAAACGUGUUGAUUAGUUCCGCAAUGAAUAGGAGGCGAGCACUCGCAGAGAAACAAAAUAGUAUUUGCAAAGCUACCGAGGAUAGUUUUGAGUAUAAGUUCACCUUAACAUAUUUGCUGCCAACAGAGAUAACUAAAGUUUCGCGCCAUGCAGCGUUCGGAACCUAUAUACUCAUAAGAUCAAUUUUCAGUACAAUAAUCUUUUAAUAUCUCAGGAAUUACUGUACAUGGUCGCAAACAAAGAGGCAUUUUCUUUUUAUUAUUUUUUUUUCUUGCAACGAUACACGAAAUUUUCUAAGGACAUUAAAUCAUGUGUACCACGAUCGAGAAAUACAACAUCCGCGGUGUGUGUUGAAACAUUGUGAUGAAUGCGUACUAGUUGGAAAAACCGUCUGUUGCGUUUUUCUGACCUCACCUUUUUAUAUUCUUGUAUAGAUCGUUUACGAUGGCCGAUUGUUACGUUAUAAACGCGCAAUGUGAACAUUCGUUUUACUGUGUAAUUUACGAGACAAUAUGAUAUGUAGACGCGGGAUAAGGCACAGUAAAAUGCAGAAGUUACCCUCCCCUCUUUAAAUUAUGUUGUCACGCCUGAUCGUCGAUCGUUCGGGUAUGUUGUUGUUGAACAGUGUGAUUGAGACAAAGCGUCUUACAAGUCGAACAGUGAUUAAUAAUUAAAUAUAAAGUAAUAUGUUAGAUGUUGUGGCUGAUGUUAUAAUGUAAUUUAUUUUAAGUGUACUAUAGCAAUAAAAUACCAUACAAUUAGGUAUGUAAUUAUAACGUGAA